UUCGAGGCGUCCGUGGGUGCGGUGGUAAUGGUUAAAACCUUCACAUAUCUCGUGAUUGGGUUUUUAGGAGUGGUCGUGCUGUUGACGGUUUACUUGUUGUGUGCGUAUCGAAACCGCAUACUCCAUCUUCCAUACAGUCCCAAUUCGAUUGCCUCGAUCCUUGGACUUGCGCGCCAUCAAAUGGAGCCGUUCUCUGUCUUUCGGUCUCUUGGAUCUGCGGAUGAUGUUGUUUUCAAAAGGAGGCUCAAGGAUGAACAUUUCAUGCUUCAAGUGCACGACCACGAGACUUGUUUAACCUCGAGUUUCCGAGCAGAAGCCCAGGAUAGGGAAUCGGUGGUUGAGGAGUCCGGUGUCGCUGAUGCGAAACCUUGGCCAUGGGAACUCCGUCGAGUUGUUGGGCUUAUUUUUAUUUUCAUGCUGACUGGCAUCAUCGCUGCAGUUUGUGCACUGCGAGGCUUAAUUCAACGCAACAAUGGGCUCCCUUUGCCUUCCGGAAGCACCUUCCUCCAGCAGAUCCUGCUCAACUUUAUCCCCACCGCGCUCGGAACUCUCAUGGAACCGUUCUGGACUGUCUUGAACAGGCUUCUCUGCAUCAUUCAGCCAUUUAUUGAACUGAAUACAGGAGCAACCUCCGCUUCACAAUCAAUUUUGCUGGAGUAUACGUCUGUCCCGCCUCAGUUGGUGAUCUGGCGGGCGCUCAAGGCGAAGCAUCUGCUUUUGGCUGCGGUAUGUGCAGUAGCAGUUGCAGCAAAUGUCUUGACAGUCGGCUUUAGCGGCCUUUUUGAAAUAAGAAGUACCAAUCUAGGAAAUCUCAUCUCGGUUGAGCAGACUGUGCUCCCGCAACUCGCACAGCCCAACGACACGGGUGUCUCUGGCAACCUGGGAGAGCCCCUGCAAAUAAUGCUCGCAAAUGUUUCGCAAAACGUUGCUCUGGUCCCGUGGGUCUCUCCUGAAUACUACUUUCUUCCAGUUUCGCUGCCAGCAAACACUUCAGUAUCAACCUAUGAGUUGUCGACCAUCGGAAUAGGUUCGCAACUGGACUGCCAGGAACUAAAAGAGUCGAAUUCAGACUUUCUGUACCGUUUCAUUUUGAGCCACGACGCUAUGGAGGCGAACUUUACCGUUUUCCAGAAGUUGUCCGACGGUUCUCAGAUCCGCUGUUUCUACCCGGUCGCCUUCACUGGUGAUAACGAUCCAGCGCCGUCGGAGGCGACUCAAAUUUACCUUCGGGGUAAUCCUGAAGGCAGGCAGGGCGUGGAAAUGUUCAUACAGCCAAUUCCAGUGAAAUCACGGCGACUCCACAGGAAAAAUAUGCGUGCCCACGAAUGCUCAUUGCAGGUUGGUUCGACACUCAAUUCGACUUUCAUGAUGUGCAAGCCUCGUUUCCAGACUGCAAAUUUCAGCGUGGUCACAGACCAGAGUGGACAUGUCCUCAAUUACACUCAGCUCGGGCCCUUGAGUGAAGAAGUCGAGGAACAUCUGGCAUCGGCGGUAUGGAAUGCCACGAUGUUCCUAGUAGGCCAAGGGUCGGAUACUCUUAGAUGGCAUAAUGACACCAUUGCCUCCGAUUGGUUUAAUGUGUUCUUGAAAAAGGUUUCGCGGUCAACCUCCAUCAUUGACCCCCUAACUCCUCCACCAGAUUUCGCGACGACAGCUGAUCUGGUAAGCCAAGUCUACCAGCAGCUCUUCGCAAUCGUCCUGCAGGACAAUCAAAAAUAUCUCAUGCCGGCUCCUCCAGGAUCCUUAAUCAUUGCCAAUGAAAUCGGUACGCAACAGAGGGUCUUCGUUUCCGAUACUAUGGUUUAUAUCGUCAUCGUGAUCCUAGCGUUAGAUACGACCGUUGCCAUAGUGCUCUACUCUCGACUCCCCAAACCUUUUCUCCAUCGGAUGCCGACGACUAUCGCUGGGCUCCUCGCAUAUAGUACGGGCAGUCACCUGGCGCAGGAUCUGGAUAUCCAAAUGGCAGCUACCGCCGGUCGAAGUGGGAUGCAAGAAGCUCUCAAGAAAAGGGGCAGCGUGUACGGAUUUGGCAGAUAUAUCGGCACAGAUGGGGAAAUCCACUUCGGCAUUGAUCGCCAGCCUUAUCUCAUUCCCCUGCGAGUUCAAGAUUUGCCAAAGUGGUGGCAGCUGGUGACAAAAACCCCACUUUUCUUUAAGAAGCGGUCUUCACAAUCCGAUAUGAUUUAG